AUGCAGACCAUGAGGCUGUGCAUUCUUAGCCGGGGACUAAUUUUUAGUCCACCACUUGGGUCUGGGUAAACAGCACCGCCCCGAUGGUUGUUUGUUUUAAGUGUGGAACGAUCCAUCGCAGAGCGCCGGGCUCGAUUGACACUGUCUGCUGAUCUGCUACUGCGGAUUGCUCAGAAUAACAAGGCUGCUCGCUAAUUCCCGUCUAUCGGGGCUUUCGCCGAAACACCGAGAGAGUAGGGUCCAAAAAAAGCCAACAAGGCAAGGCAAGAACGCCGCGCCGCCGUUGUCCGCACCCCAGAAUGGCAUCAGGAGACCUUUACGAGGUGGAGCGGAUUGUGGACAAGAGGCGGAACAAGAAGGGUAAGUGGGAGUACCUGAUCAGGUGGAAAGGCUAUGGAAGCAAGGAGGACACCUGGGAGCCAGAACACCACCUACUGCACUGUGAGGAAUUCAUUGACCAGUUCAACAGCUUGAGACUGCAGUCACACAAGCGGCCCAAAGUCCCCAAAAAUCGCGGGGAGUCCCUCAUCACCGCUCACCCCUCCGCGGCGGAAAACCCCAGGGCUCGGUCGGAGGUCCGAAAGAAGAAAAGGACUUGUGGCCCAGCUGUGGGCGUCCGAGUAGGAUCUGUCCUUGGGAUUGGAAGUGGAGGGGCAAAAACCACUCAGAAGCAGAGGAAAGUGAGCGUGGGACCGGGCAAACACGCUUUAGGGGACAGAGUGAGCAAAGCAAUGACCUACAAAGCCCCUCCACCGCCAGGUGGGCCUCACUUUGUCCCUCCAUUGAGGGUUCCUCAUAAUGGACUCCAGAACGGAGAGAUGGAGCCUCUCGUGUACAGGACUGCAUCAAAGUCACAUAGGCUGCCCACGACGAGAGCAGAUGGAGAGCUAGGGCAUACGGACAACACUGGACAGCAGUUCACACAACUAGGCUCCCCUGUAGCCAAUGGAAAGAUGCAUCUGCACAGCUCGGUAAAGCGGAAGCUGGCUGAGGAGAAAGGCUACGUGUUUGACAAGCGGCUCAGGUAUAACGUGCGACAGAAUGAGAGCAACUGUCGAUUCCGAGACAUUGUGGUCAGGAAGGAAGAGGGCUUCACGCACGUCCUGCUGUCCAGCCAAACGACGGACAACAACGCUCUGACGCCGGAGAUCAUGAAGGAAGUUUGUCGGGCUUUGGGUAAUGCCGCCGCUGAUGAUAGUAAAUUAUUAUUGCUCAGCUCAGUGGGGACUGUUUUCUGCAGUGGCCUGGAGCCGUCCUACCUGAUAGGGCGUCUGUCCACCGACCGCAGAAAAGAGAGCAGCCGCAUCGCAGAAGCCGUGCGGGACUUUGUGUUGGCAUUCAUCCACUUCAAGAAGCCCAUUGUGGUGGCAAUAAAUGGGCCCGCUCUGGGCUUAGGAGCAUCCAUCCUGCCGCUGUGUGACGUGGUGUGGGCCAGCGAGAGGGCCUGGUUUCAGACUCCCUGCGCUGCCCUCCACCUCACCCCUUCAGGAUGCUCCUCCUACACCUUCCCCCAGAUCCUCGGCGUAGCUCUGGCUAAUGAGAUGCUGUUCUGCGGAAGGAAACUCACGGCGCAAGAGGCGUGCAGUCGAGGUCUGGUGUCGCAGGUCUUCUGGCCGACCACCUUCAAUCAAGAAGUGAUGCUGCGAGUGAAGGAAAUGGCGUCGUGUAAUGCAGUGGUUUUAGAGGAGUCCAAAUGCCUGGUGAGGAGCAUCCUCAUGUCUGUGUUGGAGGACGUGAAUGAGAAAGAGUGUCAGAUGCUGAAGCAGCUGUGGUGCUCAACCAAAGGACUCGAGGCACUCUUCAGUUACCUUCACAACAAGACGUACGAAAAGUGACCGUCCACACCCACGAGAUGAUCAGCGCGGCUUUGAGGCUGCCCACAGAGGACAGGACAUCCAACAUGAUGAAGCUGUGAUCUCCACCUGCAUUGAGGGCCUUUGUGUCAGCCUGUCGGCAGAGGGGGUUCUCCGGAGCUCUGCUGAAUAAAUUCCUUCCUGAUCAUCUUUUGUACGGCAGCUUUUUGUUUAACUGGACCCUCGAUUGUCCACAUGCCCAUUUUCCUUUUAAGGAGUCAAAGGGCCAUAUGUGCAUUGCUUAAAGAGCAGGGAGGCAGAGAAGGUUUCUGUACGUACACGAGGCUCAGUCAUCAGGAUGUAUGUAAUCAAUGUAUGUCUGACAAAGUGACGAUAAUAUAUAAUAUAUAUAUAUAUAUAUAUAUUUAUUUCAAGUGUGUGAACUGGUUUCUUUCUGUACAUAAGAUUUUCUUUUUGAUUUGUUUUGAGUUGAAGUGUAAACCAAAGUUUGCAUGAGGACACACCGCUGCUCCAUCCUUAACAUGCACAUCCAAAAAAGCUCCUGUUAGCCAUUGGUGAAUCAGUAGCCGCUAACAGCGUCGUAGCAGUUGAAUCAUGAAAUCUCCCAGUUCAUCCUCCAUACUGUAAAAGUCUUCAUCACACAGGAGACCUUACCAUACCUUGGCUCCCGGUGAAUAAAAUCUGCUGUCUUGAGAUUUUGUACGGUAUCCUCCUCUCACAGUCAGCAUCCAUCCAGCCUUCAUUUCCUUUCACCUGCAACAAAUCAGGUGCAGUUCCCUUUUCUCCUGUGAAUUCAAGCAUUAAGCCUACGUGAUUAAACGAGCAGACGGCACAUAUCGCAUGGUAAGAUUAGCUGUGAAUUUGAAUGCACUUAGCUGGAGCUACAGUGCAUAGAGAGCAGUAGCCUUCCAUGCAGUACUGUGAUGGUUCAUAUGUAAAACCUGGCUUCCAGUUAUCAGUGAAGAUAGCCAUUGUGUGAAAUGUGUGAUUGUUAAAAAAACAAACAAGAAAAGUGAAGUAAAAAGAAACUCAGACGAUCAUGUUGCUGUUGCCUGACCGUUAUUUCUUUAGUUCUUGGUUGCAUUUUUUUUUUUUUUUUUUUUAAGGGCACACCAUAACACACAUGGUUGCGUUUUUUCUCCUUAAGUGUCUGUGAACAACGUUCGUGUAGCUGGAGUCAGCUUCUGUCUUUAUCUGCAUGUGAUGACUCGAGAGUUCAAGAGAUUUUAUAUUGCGAUGUGUAUCAUAUUUAGGGAUCUAUUUUGUUUUAACCGAAAUGUAAAUGUAUGCAGGUCUGUUUUGUAAAACUUUGUCCAUUUUGCAGUUGUACACAUGCAGUGCGGAAUAGUAUAUAAAUAUAUAAAUAGAGCGUUUCCUGUAACUAUUUGCAUGUAAUAUACUGUAUAAAUGUGUGGCCUGUCUCAGUACCUUGUAUUUCAGGGUAGGUUUUUGUACCAGCGUUGUAAGUAUUGUUAGAAAUGUGGCUGUUUAUUUUUGUAUUUAUUUGAGAUAACCGUUGGGUAGUGCAGUGCCAUGUGGUUUCCUUUGCUACAGAUGCCCCCCCAGAUUCUCUGAGCCCCCCUCUUAAACGCUUUCAAGAAAAGAAAAAAAAACUUUUAAUGCUUCAACAAAAAAAAAAAAAUCAGAUAAUUUAUAGAUGCGUUUCAAAAACCAAAAUGUAAACACUAUUGUCACUUUAAUGUUGACCUUUUAAAUGACCAUUAUCAGAGUGGUAUUUUGUUGUAAAUGAUCAAAGGUGUGUCAAAUAAUUUAUGAUAUAUUUCCAUAUAUAUUAUAUAUGUUUGCACAGCUUGAUGAAAUGAACUUUGUAUUUCAGAUUUGUCAAUUUCAAGCAUUUAAAUGUUUUGUUAUUGCGCUGUGAGAUUUGUUAAAUGAUUUUCAGUCGUCA